CAUGCUGUCCAUUUUAACUGUUACCUCAGCAUUGUCAUCUGAGAGUAUGUGAAUUUCCAGGAAGCUCUGAAGUUCCAGCUGAUCUGCUGCGUCCUCAUAUUGAUCAGAUGAUGUUUCCUGGCCUCCAAAGUCCAAAUGGCGGUUAGAGAGAUCAUCUGUAUCUUUAAACUUGUCCACCUGAACAAUAGCAUCAGCAAGGCCCUCGAUCAUGUUGAUUACCUGGGAGGACACAGAGACCAGCUCCGCUACACUGUCAUCCACAGAUUUAAGUGUAACUUCCUGAAGACCCUGCAGGACAAGGACAUCAACGUGCCCCAUGUUGCAUUGGUGAUGUUUAACUCUGCGGCUCACAACAAGCCAUCUCUGAUCUGGGGUCUCCUGCCAAAGAUGGGUCUGUUCAAACACACUGUGGGUGACGGUCUGGAUGUGCGUAAAGCAGCGUUCGAGUGUAUACACCCUGCUGGACAGCUGCCUGGAGGGGCUGGACGUCCUGCAGUUCCUGGAUCACGUAGAGGAAGGACUCAAGGACCAUUACGACAUCAGGAUGCUGACGUUCCUGAUGCUGGCCAGACUGGUGUCUCUGUGUCCUGCUGCCGUUCUGCAGAGACUGGACUGACUGGUGGAGCCACUUAAAGCUACCUGCACCACCAAGGUUUCAGAAACACUCGGACGCAGUCUUAAAUGUCAUUCACUUACAUUCUUACUAUGACUGUUAUAAGUAAAUGCUGAGUUAUGGCAGCCAACCCAGCUUUACAUUAGUCACAGGGCUUCUCAAACAUGGCUCCUUAGGCAGAGUUUAGUUGUCCUGUAGACGGUCCUCAUGUUGAAGAUAAAAGAAAUGUGAACUACAAUUUAUAAUACAAGAUUUUCAGAUUUUGUAGAGUUACUUCUGGGGUAAACUGUGACAUACUCUACUUAUCACAAUUGUGUGUGCGUACAGUUUUACAAUUCAUUUGACCAGUGUAAUGGAUAUUUUCACCUGGAAAAUCAGUUUAGAUUAUUGACUGCUCCCUAAAUCCCUCCCUCAGAGAGCAACGGUCAAGUUUAAAGCACAAAAGCAGACUGGUAAGGGACAGAUUAGCCUGAAACAGUGACCUUUUAGGUUAUAGUAUGCACCGAGGAGGAGGGUGCACUUACAGGUAAUGUUUGAAAAAACCAAGUUUAGUGCUGGCAGCAAAUCACAUCAAAUCAAAUUUUAUUUGUAAAGCACCAAAUCACAACAAU